AUGAAAGCUCUCCGCAGCAAGCUCCAACAAGCGAAACAAAAAACAUCGACCGUCAUUGAGAGUGAGUCAGUAACAACACAGCAAGUUGUGCCAUCAACAUCAUCAGAUAAGAAGAGCAGCACGAAACAUGCUCCAUCAAAAACCACUACAACAGCACCAAAAGAAACCAAGAAGAAAACUUCGGAACCUUCUUCAUCCAAACCAGCCAGCUUCCUAGUUGAUGAAACAGACUUUAAUGCGCAACUCUUUGAUGAUGAAAUUACAACAUCAACCAAUCAGGAUCUUUCAAUUCCCAACAUUUCCGAUAGUGAUGAUGAUUUUGAUGAAGAUUUUGAUGAUGAAGAAGGAACAUCCACCCUCCACACCAAGAGGAAGGCUUCUUCUUCCUCACUUGUCAAAAAACAAGAGGGUAGACCUUCUUUCGCAGAUUUAGGAAUUGCUCCUUGGUUAGAAGAACAUUUAGCUAAACUUCAUAUCUACAUGCCAACCGUAAUUCAAGAGAAAUGUAUUCCACCCACACUCGCUGGGAAGAACGUUAUCGGAAUGUCCCAAACAGGAAGUGGUAAAACAGCAGCAUUUGCUUUACCAAUCAUUCAGAAUUUAGCUAAAGAUAUGUAUGGUAUAUAUGCUCUUAUCAUUACACCAGCAAGAGAAUUAGCCAUUCAAAUCAAACAACAUUUUGAAAUCCUGGCUGGAGAUUUGCCAUUACGAGUGGCUUUACUUGUGGGAGGUAUGGAUUACUUGAAACAGGCUCACAUGUUAGAUAGCUCUCCUCAUAUUGUUGUUGGAACACCAGGAAGAAUUGAAGAUGCCAUUCGAACGUUUAGUAAUGAUAACUAUUUUAAGAAAAUCAAAUAUUUGGUUUUUGAUGAAGCCGAUAGAAUUUUUUCAAUGGACUAUUCCUUAGAUCUUGAUAAGAUUUUAAGUGUGUCGAAUCCUAAAAGACAGACACUGUUAUAUUCUGCUACCAUGAACAAUCAAGUGAAAAAAUUGGCAAAGAUGGCAAUGAGUCAAAGUGGUAAAACGAAAGAAGAAAAAGAAGAAUCUUUAUAUAUUUAUGAUGCAUGCAAACUCUUUCAAUUGGCUGAUAACUUGUCACAAUACUACUUGUUCAUGCCGGAGCAUGUUAAAGAUGCCUAUCUUGUGCAUCUUUUGACAUCACUACCUGAUAAUACUAUUUCAAUGGUAUUUUUUUCAGAUAUUUUCCAAUGUGAACUUUUGAAUCAAGCAUGUCGAUUGAUGGGCAUCAGUUGUGAUUCUCUUCAUGCCUCUAAAUCACAAAAAGAAAGGUUUGCUGUCCUUAAAUACUUUAGGAAAAGAAAACUCAAAUUCUUGUUUUGUACAGACGUAGCAAAUAGAGGAUUGGAUAUUCCUGCAGUAGGAUAUGUUGUGAAUUACGAUUUACCUGAUACUACAGACAAAUAUGUACACAGAGUUGGAAGAACAGCAAGAGCAGGAAGACUGGGUAUUUGUAUUUCGUUAAUUUCUCAGUUCGAAGUGAAACGUGUGAAAGCUAUCGAAGAGGAUACAGGUGUGAAAAUGGAAAAAUAUGAAAGUUUUGAUGAAUCGCAAGCAGAAUCUGAAGAGUUUUUAAUUAGCGUUGCAGAGCACAAAUGUAACGCAAAAUUGGCACUAUUGGACUCUGGUUUCUAUGACAAAUUUGAACAGGUCAAGUCAAAACAGCAAUUGACGGCCGAAUUGCGAAAGCAAGCUAAAAUCUUCUUUGAAAUGAGAUCCAUGCAAAAGUUGAAAAGUAACUCUGCAAAAUGGAAGGAUAGGUUUUCAAUAUCUGAAGGUGUCAGCAAUCCAUCAUCGUAUGAAACAGAAGAAAAAGACCAAAACACUCACGAAGAUGCUUCCUCAAAACGAAAGCAAUACGAGCCCAAGUCCUCGAGCAAUUCUGACGUAAACAUUUUUGGGAAAAAAAAGAGGAAGCUAUAA